AUCGCACCUCCCUCGGGACACACGACUCAUCGGUGCACUUUGCUCCACCAAAUACACCACUGAUCCAGCAGUGAGCUAGCUAGCACUCCUUGGUGCGGUGGUGCCGCCAUGAACAUCCGCGUGCGAGUUCUCGAGACCACCCAUGUCCGGCCGGAGAUGUCUGGGCACACCACAGUCCACCAGCCCGCCGCCGUGAGGCUGUCUCUCUUCGACACCCUGUUCCUCGCGCUCCCACCCAUCCAGCGGCUCUUCUUCUACGAUGGCGAGGACGUCCCGCCGUUCUCGGCGCUCGUCGGCUCGCUGCGGUCCUCCCUCGCCGCCACGCUAGCCAUCUUCCCUCCGCUCGCCGGGAGGAUCGCGGCCUGCCCCGGCGACGACCUCGUCAUCGACUGUUCCCCUGACGCUCUCCACCCCGGCGUCAGGUUCGUUGUCGCCGAGUACUCCGGCGACGCCGCCGACAUGCGCCGGCUCGCGCGGGACGCCGAGCAUGACACCGAGGCGUUCGUGCAGCUCGUCCCGGAGCUCGAUGUGCGCAUGCUGCCGGCGCCCGUGCUCGCCGUGCAGGUCACGCGGGCGGCACAAGCGCGGGGAGACGACGAGGGAGCGGGCGCCGUGGCGGUCGGAGUGUCGAUGCACCACGCGGUGGCCGACGGCCAGUCGCUGUGGCAGUUCAUGAGGGCGUGGGCCGGCGCGUCGCGGCAGGGCUCGCAAGCAGCGACGGGUCCGCCGCCGUCAUUCGACAGGGCGGGCAUCCUGCGGCACCCCAAAGCAGAGGCGGCAGCGCGCGAGUUCGCCCGCCUCUCGGCGCCGGAUCUGCCCAGAGUCAACACGCUCCCGGAGCCGGACUGGACGCGGCAGUGCAGGCGGACCUACCUGCUCACCGCCUCCCAAAUCCAGUCGCUGAAGCACCGCAUCCUGCAACAAGGCCAGACCAGUGCCGAGAACGGCGGCAAACAGGAGCCCCCGACCACCUACAUCGCCAUCGCGUCCCUGCUCUGGACGUCCAUCGUCCGCGCCAAAUCCCCGAACCAUGCCGUCGCCGCCGCAGAGGACGACGCCGACGCCUACUUCGUGUUCCCCGCGGACUGCCGCCGGCGCCUGCGCCCACCUCUGGACCCGGGCUUCUUCGGCAACUGCGUCAAGGUCUGCUACGCGCGGGCCAGCACGGCCGACCUCUGCGGCCACGGCCACGACGAUGACGGCGCGCUCGCACACGCGGCGGCGGCCGUGCGGCGUGCGAUCCGCGAGCACGUCGAGGUGGAGGACCCGCUGGGCGACGCCGACCGGUGGGCGGAGACCAUCCGGAUCCGGGGCGUCCCGCAGGAUAGGCUGGCCAGGCAAGGGUCGUCGCACCGGUUCAUGGCGUACGAGGUGGACUUCGGGUGGGGGCAGCCGAGCCGGGUGGAGAUCGUGUCCACCUUCAGCGCUGAGAUGGUGAUGCUGGCCGGAGCGCGUGGCGGCGCGGUGCAGGUGUCGGUGGCGCUUGGCCGGGAACACAUGGAUGGCUUCCAGGCCAGCUUCCUGUCGCAGGCAUCGGCAUGAUCGAGCAACACAUGCAUGUACGUGGCAUCGCGCGCGUGACAGACGACGCAUGCUGAAUCCUAGUCUGGUGGCCGGUGACAGGAAGGGAAAGGUAGCCGACGAACCGUUUCACAGUUUCUUUCUAGGAAAAAACAUUUUAUAUUUCCUGCGCAAGAAUUGAUACUAUCCUAAAUAUAAGUCUUU